AUGGCCAACGGCGGCGCCGGCGCGAAUACACCUGCACCCGCAGCAUUACCGCAUCCCAUCUUCAUCGCGCAAUAUGCUAUCGUUGGGCACCCCCGCCGGACCGAACAUUGGUCGAUCAUGGCCCUCCUCUCCGCGAAAAAAGCACGCAUCUUCGAACUUACUGGCAACUACGACACCUUCGCCUACGUCAAUUACGAGACGAUCCUUGCAACCGAUCCCCGUCAGCACGACGCCCGUGGAGGUUUUCUGUUGUGCCAGAUCUCCGACGAGAAGCUUGAAUGGUUCGCGAAUGCGUUGAAGGCGAUCGAGGUCGUCCGGGGUACGCCUGAUUACGAUUGUCAAACUUGGGCCAUGCAAGCCGUCAGACUGUUGCAGGACGGAGGGUUGGUGCCACGUGUGGUCACUGAAAGGCAGAUUCGGGAGGAAAUGGAAGUCGAAAAGGAGCGCUGGGAGGUUGCGGACGAUAUCCUGCUCGAAAGACUCAUCGCCGAAAGGUCCUGA